AUGUCAGGGUCCCCUCUGCCAUCGAGAGAGAGGUUGCCGUCCCCAGUCCGUCGACGCGCCUCGAAUGCCAACCUUUUGGGUGCCCCGGUCAACAGAGACGAUUCAGCAGGCUCAAGAGGUUCAAGACGCAGAACCAGUCAGCUCCUUGGGGAAAUAUUCUCUGCCGCGGAGCUCGAAGCUCCAGGUCUCCUUGACUCGCCCCGCGACGAUUUGCCAUAUGAUCGUUUGAAGCUUGAAGGUCUUGUUAACUACCACGUCGGCCAGCUUGAACGGCUUAAGCGAGAAAUCCAGGGUCAUAACGAGACCAUUGGGCAACUGGCAUGCACCCUCCGCAGUAUGCGCCACAAAGACCACCUCGUCCACGCUGCUGGAUGCUUGAACGCCCGCAUUCAGGGGGUGAAAAACACGAGAAACCGCCUUGCAAAGUUCGUCAUGUUCCAUUUGCAAGAGAUGGAGCGAAUUGAGGAAUUCGGGCGGCCUUUGGGGUUCAGACCCGGGAGAUUUAGGGAGCUCCCCACAUUUGGAGGGUGGAAUCGUUUGUUUGCAGACGAUUACCACUAA